AUGCGCCAAAGAAAGGCCGCGCGGCGAUUAGGGCCAGUUUUCGUGGCAGCCACUCUCGUCCUUGUCACUUACGUUCUGUUUUAUCCGCGAGAGAGGCUUUGGAAUCCCCUAACAGGACAUCACUCCACGGCGGUGUCAUUUGGCUGGAAAAAGAAGGCCGGCCUUGCGACGGGAGCGGCAUCUGAUUUCGAACACCUCCACCUAAACGAGGAACAAUGCCAGGCGACGUUCCCCGGCCUGACAGAGGAGAUUGACCUGGCCGCGGCCGAGGGAGAGUUCCAGCUCGGACUCGGCGACGCUUCCGCCUCGCUGCUGGGGCAGAUCAAAGACGAUAGAAUACUGAUACUGCAGGCGCCGAGACCUGUGGACAUGUCAGAUCAAUGGAUCGAGACCAAGCGACAAAGCGCCGCCCUCCACCAGCUACACCGCGCCAUUCUCACCUCACCAACCCCUCUACCAGACACCUACUUUAACCUCUACAUCCAGGACACGCCCAUCAGACAUACCUGGUCCCACAGCCGUCCGGCGCGGACCUCGUCCUCCUCCUCCUCGUCCCCUCGACACACCUUCCCCAUCCCCCACUUCUCCUUUUGGGCAUGGACCCAGCCCUUCAUUCGCUCCCUCCCGCACGCAGCCUCCGCCAUCGCCGAGAUUGAAGCCAGCCUGCCGUUCGAAAAGAAGAAUGCCCGGGCCGUGUGGCGCGGCACGUCGUGGUUCAACAACGGCGCCAGUGCGAACCCGCGAUCCCGACAGGACCUCAUCCAGCUCACAAAGGACGCGGGAUGGGCCGACGUGCAGGCGCUCGAGUGGACGAACAACGGGGAGAACGCGACGAACGCGCUGGCGAUUGAAGAUUUUUGCAGGUACAAGUACAUUAUCCACACCGGGGGCGUGUCGUACUCUGGCCGGCUGCAGUUUCAUCAGCUUUGCGAGAGCGUGGUGUUGAGCCCGCCGCUGGAGUGGAUGCAGCAUACGACGCACCUCGUUGAGCCGGUGUACUCGAGUUCCCUGCUAUUAGGAGGCCAGUCAGAGUUGCCCGAGACUGCUUCUUUCGAAGCCAAGCCGCGGGAUGAGCAGCAGCGACAUCAGCAGCAGCAUCAACUCUCACCAAGAACACUGGAGCAGUGGCCGACGACACUCCGCGCAGAGGAAGCCAACAUGGUCUUUGUCAAGCCGGACUGGUCGGACCUGGAGGCGACGGUCCGGUGGUUGGAGGAUCACCCGGACGUGGCGCGCGGGAUUGCGAGACGGCAGCGGGCGUUGUUCUCUGGUCGAGGGUAUCUUAGCCCUGCCGCGGAGGUGUGUUACUGGCGGGCUCUUAUCAAGGGCUGGGGCCGUGUCGUGCGCGUUGACGAUGAUGUUGGCCGGAAGAGUGCUGACGCGGUGAGCUUUGAGGAGUUUAUCGUGCGGGCUGAAAGGGCGAAGAAGAGAGGUCAUUGA